CAGAGGACGCUGUGUGUUCUGAUGCGACAGAGCUGGACAGUGAUUUAAAAACUCUGCCGUUUAUAUUAACCGGUUAACGGACAGUGUCUUAAUGCGGAGGACAGUUUAACGGAAGGCGGCAGCUGCUCCCGGUGCUAACGUUAGCUGUCACUUCAGACCUGACGGAGGAAACAACAAAGUGUUCUUUAAAUGUCUCGCGGCUGAAAUUAACGCUCGCCGCGGGAAACGUCAGUGUUUUUCGGGAGGACAGAUGUGUCUCAUGGACUCGGACAUGAAGACAAAUAAGGACUAAAACGCCUUCAGAUCUACGACAGCUCUGUGUUGACAUCUGCUGCAUCCUUCAGAUUGAGGCUAGCUCGCUCGCUGAUGUUAGCUAGCUUCAUAUGUUGCUGUAGCUUAUAUAUUGCAGACACACGCAGGUUAAAUCAUUCAGUGUCACCAAACCGGCUAACAGUAUUUUGUUAGCUAAUGUUAUUGUUAGCAUGUUUGCUAACGAGACUUGCUCCGGGCAGCAGCUAUGGCGCUAGGUGUAGCCACAGGUUUAUGUCACAGUCGGGCUAACAGAUAGCUCGGUGUCUGCAGCCAGCUCCACUGUUUGCAUGGUCAUGUCCAGCAGGCUUGGCAUCAUGUAGACUGUCCCUCUCAUCAGGUUAGGUGACCGGGGGACACGCAGUGUGUUAGUGAGCCUCCUCGGAGAGCAGAGCAAAGCGGGACUGCAGCUAUCCAACUGGGUCAAAGACUGACAGCUGGCACUGAUAACACUUUAGCACAGAAUCGUCGCUAGCCAUGCUCAGAGCAGUCCGCUCUGUGUGAUAUUACAAACAUCCCAACCCACUUGGAGUGCGCGUGAAUGCAUCAUGUCCCGACUGCAUCUCUUAUUUAUGCAAUAAGGCAGCUUGUCAUGAAAUAAACCCGCAGCUAGCAAAGAAGCAGCAUCGCCAGGACUGAGUGGAUAAUUUGCCCCGGAGGAGAGCAACAUUCAAGGCUUAUCCACCAGCUGGACCAUCGGCCCCGCCACGAUGGAGACGGUGGGAGAUUUCGAGUACAGCAGAAAAGACCUGGUUGGUCAUGGAGCAUUUGCUGUGGUGUUCAAAGGGAGACACAGGAAGAAGACCGACUGGGAGGUGGCCAUCAAGUGCAUCAAUAAGAAGAACCUGUCCAAGUCCCAGAUUCUUCUUGGCAAGGAAAUCAAAAUCCUGAAGGAGCUGCAGCAUGAAAACAUUGUGGCACUUUACGACGUCCAGGAAACACCCAACUCUGUUUUCCUGGUGAUGGAGUACUGUAAUGGAGGUGAUCUCGCUGACUAUCUGCAAGCUAAAGGGACCCUGAGAGAAGAAACGCUGAAGGUUUUCCUGCAGCAGAUCUCCGCGGCCAUGCGCAUCCUCAACAGCAAAGGAAUCAUCCACCGCGACCUGAAACCCCAGAACAUCCUGCUGUCGUACACGGGCCGCAAGAAGUCCAACAUCAGCGGCAUCCGCAUCAAAAUAGCUGACUUUGGCUUCGCACGGUACCUUCAGAGCAACAUGAUGGCCGCCACACUGUGCGGGUCCCCCAUGUAUAUGGCCCCGGAGGUCAUCAUGUCCCAGAACUACGACGCCAAGGCCGACCUGUGGAGCAUCGGGACGGUCAUCUACCAGUGUCUGGUCGGCAAGCCGCCGUUCCAGGCCAAUAGUCCCCAAGACCUGAGGAUGUUCUACGAGAAGAACAAGAAUCUACAACCGAUCAUCCCGCGGGAGACUUCCCCACAGCUCAGUGACCUUUUGCUUGGGCUGCUGCAGAGGAAUCAGAAAGACAGGAUGGACUUUGAUGCGUUUUUCAGCCAUCCCUUCAUGGAGCCGUCGUCCACCAUCAAAAAGUCGUGUCCGGUGCCGGUCCCCAGCGCCUCCAACACAGUGACGGAUUGUUCCUGUGGCAGCUCCCCGUGUAUCCGCUACAACUCUCCUCCGUCUCUCCCCGACAUGCAGACUCUGGCAGAAGAUGGUCUGUCAUCCCCUCCGCUCGGUCCGCCCAACUUCCUGCAGCUGUCCAAAGAGUCUGCAGGAAGCACCAGCAGCAAGAACUCGUCGUGUGACACUGACGACUUUGUCCUGGUGCCUCACAUCUCCACUGACAGCUAUGACCAACCAAUGGGAGUGGGCCGUCGGCCGUCCAGCGAGUUCCUAAUGUGCGGAGGGCAGCCGCAGCCCACCCCGGGACAGACGCCCAUGGUGUCCCCACGGGCCGAGACCACCCCGAUCCCCGUCCCCACCCAGGUCCGCAACUACCAGCGCAUCAAGCAGAACCUCUCCAGCAGCCCGACCACCACGCUCUACAGCUCCCCCAGGUCUGGCACAGUGAGGCGCUCCAACACUAGUCCCAUGGGGUUUCCCAAAGUGGGCUCCGGGUCCCCCAGCUCCGCAGAUGUCCCUCAGACGGUGGGCCGCCGCCUCUCCACCGGCAGCUCCCGGCCCUACUCCCCCUCCCCCCUCGUGGGAACCAUCCCGGAGCAGCUGGGUCACUGCUGCUGUCACCUGCAGAGCCACGAGCCGCGCAGCCGGAGCUCCUCAGGAGGUCGGUGCACAGGUUCCCCCGUCCCGUCCUCUCAGCUCCUGGGGGCUCGGCUCCAGAGCGCCCCCACCCUGACUGAGGUCUACCAGACCAGGCAGAAGCUCCACAAGCAGCUGUCGGACCCCGUCCAGCCUUCGUCCUCCUCCUCCUCCUCCUGCAGUCACUCCCCUCAGCUCGGCCGCCCGGCCAACCUCGGCUCCUCCCCCACCAAGCUGCUGGGCUCCUCCCCCCGGACGUCUGACUGGCUGCAGAAGUCCCCCCUCCCCACCAUCAUCGGUUCUCCCACCAAGAUCAUCUCGGCUCCGUUUAAGAUUCCCAAAACGCAGGCGUCCUGUAACCUGAUGGCGUUGGCCGACAGUCCCGUGCCCGCCAAGAUGCUGGCAGAUGUUCGGGAUAUCUGCGCCCAUCACUGCAGCCCGUACCUCACCGGGCGGCCGGCGGCCCCCGAGGCCAGCCGCACCUUCGGCAGGUCUGUGAGCACAGGUCGACUGUCUGAGCAGCCAAUCAGAAUCACUCUGGGCGGACAGGCCUAUCAGGGCAGCACAGAGAGCCUGAACACGGAGCGACCCAUGGACACAGCCCCUGCAGGUCCCAGCGGGCUGGCUCAGGGCGGCUCAGCGAGUCCCCGUACUGUCCUUUUCACCGUGGGUUCACCGCCCAACAGCAGCACUCCUCCCACCUGCAGCCACCUGUGCACCCGACCACGCACCACCUCUGUGGGCUCCAACAGCUCGGCCGGCUCCCUGUGCUCCACCAGCGGUCGCAACUACGUCGGCUCCCCCCCGGGCAUGGCCAUGGGCUCCUCUCCCCCAGGAGGGUUUGGGGGCGGGCAGCUUGUCCCCGGGGCGGAGGGGGCGCCCAGCAGUCUGCGCUACGUCCCCUACGGCACCUCCCCUCCGAGCUUGGAAGGGUUCAUCACCUUCGAAGCCCCAGAGCUGCCUGAGGAGACGCUCAUGGAGAGAGAGCACACAGACACCCUGAUGCACCUGCGGAUGAUGCUGUCCUUCACCGACUGCGUCCUGGAGAUGGCGGCAGUUCGAGCCGGGGGGGCGGAGCUGGGCGUGUCGGCGGCCUCCCUCUACCCCCCCCAGGACAGCGUGGUCGUGGACCAGAUCAGCCAGCUCAGCAAAGAGUGGGGGCAGGUGGAGCAGCUGGUGCUCUACAUGAAGGCGGCGCAGCUCCUCGCCUCCUCCCUCCAUCUCGCCAAGGCUCAGAUCAAAUCAGCCAAACUCAAUCCUUCCACUGCUGUCAAACAGGUGGUGAAGAAUCUGAACGAACGUUACAAAAGCUGCAUCUCUCUCUGCCGACGACUCACCGACAAACUCAACCACUUCUUCUCUGACAAGCAGCGGUUUGUGGACGAGAUCAACAGCGUCACCGCCGAGAAGCUCAUCUACAACCAUGCUGUGGAGAUGGUUCAGUCAGCAGCUCUGGAUGAGAUGUUCAAACAGACGGAGGACAUCGCCUACCGCUACAGUAAAGCCGCCAUGCUGCUGGACGGUCUGUCCAAGAUCCUGCAGGACCCCACGGACAUCGAGAACGUGGUCAAAUACAAGGCGAGCGUGGACCGCAGGAUCUCCGCCCUCUGCUACUGCACUGUCACACUGUACGAGUAGCAGACACACACACACACACACACACACGGGGACCACGACCUGAGACUGUCGACUCCCGCCCUCACAGAGCCGCUGUUCCCUCCUGUAGCAGUUCAAGCACUUUUUCGUUCGACAGGUUUCAUGUGUAUUUAUCGUCGGUCGCGGCCGUGACUGUGACUGACGCACAAACUCAACCAAAGACGACCACGGAUCAGAAACUGAAGGCUGAACCCGGAUGUGGACACCACUUUUUUUUCUACACGAUAUACAUAAACUAUUGUCCAUCCAUGGUUUUAGGAUCAUUUGUUUUUUUACCGGAGGAGGAGGAGAGAGGAGCGGACUGAGCUUCAAGAGACUCGAGCUGUUUCAUCUUUUAAAAUCCUGCUCGUCAUCACGUGAUGUCGGCGGUUAUUUACUCUGUUGAAGUUGUUGUUGUUCUUAUUUAUUGGUUGAGAGGAACGUGGAUGUUGGAGUCUCCUGCCGAUCUUGAAAACCUGAAGUAUUGGAGCGGAGGGAAACGGACCGAGCUCACAGACAGAGUCCUGUUACAGAACCUCUGAGCAAACCGACCUGAACACUUCCUGUUCAUUUUCUCAUGUCGUCAGCUGAAGCACUUUACAGCCAGGAGGAGAUGAGAGCCUGGGGGGGCGGGGUUUCACCUUCAGCACUCACCUGCUCCGUGUUCAUGAUCAACAAGUCCACUGCGUACAUUUCCCAUAAGGCACAGCAACCAGCGGAAACAGUGCAGUCAGGUAUCUCUGCAGUUAAAGGGACAGUCCACUGAUUUCACCUGUUUAAUUCCCUUUUUUAUUAGAAAACAAGAGUAAUAAAAGUAAAAUAAAAAAAAUAUAAAAAUAAAUAUAAUGGAAAUAAGAUGUAAUGGAAAAAAACAAAA